GUGAGGCCGCGCAGUGACGUCAUACAAGCGAGCCCAAACAUCCCUUCAAACAGGCGCCAGUUAGCGAAUUUAAUGUAGUCCGCUUGCAGGAACGGGUCAAAAUUUCCGCAUCUACAGCAAGACGAGAUUUUUGGAGUCUUCUAGCGCUCUUCUCGUUGUAAUAAGUUGAACAAUUUCCCCAAACUUUGCCGACGGCCGCACGACAAAACGCCGGUCAAUCCAGCUACUAGCGUAUCUGUACGCGAAUUAAGCUAGUUGUCUGUUUUUUUUGGGGGUGUCUCGCUUUGGAUGAGCAUCUUCACUCCUUGUCAGCCACAAAAUGGACCGCCGCGGCAAGGACAACUCCAGCUCCGACGACGAUGUUCCGCUCUCGGACCUUGUGGUGAGGCGACCAAAAAAGGAGAAGCAGUCCACUGAGGACACGCACAGCUCCAACGCCGAAGACAAGAGCGAUGAUGAGCCACUGAUCAAGCUGAAGGCCAAGAACAAGGAAAAUAGAUCAUCCCCAAUUCAUGGCCAAAAACCCAAGAAAGCAGGGGAUGACAGCUCCGACAAUGGUCCUCUGAUGAAAGCCAAAGCAGCAACCAAAGCUGGCAAGAAGUUCACACCGCCACCCAAGAAAUCUGCUCAGCCAAAGAAGAAAAAAGAUGUUCCAGAUGAGGACGCGAGUUCGGACGACGAGCCUCUGAGCGUAAUCGCCAAGAAGCUGAAGCCGCAGCAGAAAGAAAAUCUGCCCGCGAGCACCUCCGCACAAUCCACCGAGGCCACCUCCAAAAGAAACGCUGCCAAGAAAAGAGUCAAAUACAGAGAGUCUUCCAACGAGAGCUCGGACGACGACCCGCGGGCAGCCAUCAUGAAGAAGAAGGCAAUCGCCAGUCGGCAGCAAACGCCCUUCCUGAAAAACAGCAAGAAAACCCGAGCGAAGCGCGCAAGCAGAGCGGAGCAAGAGCCUGUGUCCUCAGACAACGGCUCCGACCAUGACCAUGACGACGACGACGACGAUGACAUGCCCUUGGUGAACCUCGUGAAGCAGACCAAGACUGCAGAGGACAAGAAAAAAGCAGCAAAAAAGAGUGGCGCGUCACAAGGCAGCGCUUCUAAAAAGAGGCGAGAAGCAGACCAGUCUGACGAGAGCUCGGGCGACGAGCCCCUCAUCAAUCUGGUGAAGAAAUCCCAAGAGGAGAAGAAGGCCAAGCUGAGGAAACAGCCCGCGGCUUCCAAGAAGAGGGCGGCGACUCCCAAAGCCAGGAAGCAGACAGCAAUGGCAGGCGCCAGUUCAGAUGACGAACCCUCGAUGGAAGCCGUCAAACACCCUCAAGUGACCAAAAUGCUCCGCAUCAGGCUGGAAAGGUGCGAAAUUAAGGAAGCCGCCGCCACGGGAAGCCAAGCAGAAUGGCGGUUGGCCAAGGAGCCCAGCGAGAAAUUAGAAGAGAGUUCCGAGUGAUAGUCGGCGUCAGAAGGAACGAUUCAUGUUCAAACCAGUUUGUUAAAAGAAUCUUUUCGGCAAGAUGCUUCCUAAACAGUGUUUAAUGUUGAGGACAAAAAGAAAUCCCAAUGUUUUAUAUGUGAACGCCUUGAAGGAGUCAUUUUGUUGGCUCCACUUUGUUUAGUUUGGGACCAAACGCGUUUUAGUUUGGGUCCAAAUGUCAGUUUCGCUUUUAUGUGCACACAAGCGUUUUUUUUUGAAGUGUCAUUUUGCCAUUUGUGCCAAUUUUGUUUUUCCCCGAGGGUGAGUUUUACUGUUUACAACUGGAAAAUGUUGAUGUUGCCCACUAAUAUCUCUGAAGCUUUUUCAUUAUUUAAGUGUAUGUUCAGCAUGUUUGAGUGAAAAAUAUAUAUUAAAACUUGUUUUUUUUUGUUACUGACCAAGUGCAAUCAUUGUAGAAUUACAUCUACACAAAGUUGAGUUGUACUAUGAAAUGGGAAAAUAUAUGAAACUCUUUUCAUGAUG